GAGGGGGCGUUAGGCGAGAGCUGGGAGUCGUCCGCCAAGCAGUCUUUGAUUGCUGUCCAAUGAUCGUUUGACAGCGUUGUGAAGGCGGAGUUUUGAAUGUCGGAGUCUAAAUAAGCCGGUGCCGGGCGCGUCUCCUCAUUCUUCAGUCCUACUCGAAGAGGAGAGCAAUGCCUGAACCCGCGAAAUCCGCGCCGAAGAAGGGAUCUAAGAAAGCCGUGACCAAGACGGCCGGCAAGGGAGGCAAGAAGCGUAGAAAGUCUAGGAAGGAGAGUUAUGCUAUUUACGUGUACAAGGUGCUGAAGCAGGUCCACCCCGACACCGGCAUUUCCUCCAAGGCGAUGGGCAUCAUGAACUCGUUUGUCAACGACAUCUUCGAGCGCAUCGCCGGUGAGUCAUCCCGUUUGGCUCAUUACAACAAGCGCUCCACCAUCACGUCCAGGGAGAUCCAGACCGCCGUGCGCCUGCUUCUUCCCGGUGAGCUGGCCAAGCACGCCGUGUCCGAGGGCACCAAGGCCGUCACCAAGUACACCAGCUCCAAAUAAGAAGUGAUCCCGACUUGAUCAAACCCAACGGCUCUUUUAAGAGCCACCCAAGAUUUCGCUUAAAGAGUGUUUCCCCCGCUCCCCCUUCUUGUAUAUUUGAAUAAAGACACGAUUUUACAUUGUAGGUGGGGAGAAAUUACGGUUGUGCGGGCAAAUAAUAAAUAAAUAAAACGUGUGUAUGGAUGUAUGUGUG